AUGCCUUGGUUAGGAGUUUGGUUCUGUCUCCUUAUGCAACCAGCAAAUGUUCCAUUUGACCAAAGUUAUUUUUUGGAAGCUAAGCAUCGUGGACGAGAUCAACAGAGUGUAAAAAAUUCUCAUCGACAUACAUCAGAUUCCUUUAUAAAAUGGACUGGAAAUGAUGUUAUUACAAAAGAGCAUAAAGACUAUAUAGGUGGCUUUGACAGUUACAGUGGUCAGGUUGGUCAGGAUGUUUGUGUUACUAGAGCAAGAAUGAAAGGGGCAAAAUUGUUAGGCAAACUGUGUAAAUGUAUUACUUCAUUUAAAUGGGACAACCUUCAAGAGGAGGAACCAGUAGAUUGCCUGAGUAAAUUGAUGAUUUUUCAUCUUAUGUCCAAUUCAGCUUUGCAGAGAUUUGUUGUUGCCCAAGUUAUCUACAUGUGGGGAUGUGAAACUCUGGAAUGUUCUUGCCCUGAAAACUUAAAGAAUCGGCUCCUUGCCUGUCUCAGUGAAUCUAUUUAUUUUGAUGAAAUUACUGCUUCUUUCAGAAGAAUGCAAACAGAAUGCCAUGAUUUUAUAGCUGGACUUAAACAAGAAGGUCUUCCUGUGGAAGAACUUUUCCCUCCUGGUGCAAUAUUAACUCUGGAACAAGCUUAUUCCUUGACAUCAUCUACUUUUGAUGCUCUCAAAACUGGUUUAAAAGCAAAAUCAUUACAAACAUUUGAAGAAAGACGAGCUCAACUACAAGUUUGUGUUUCUCAAACAGUGCAAGAACAACAAACAUAUAGCAUUAGAGUUCAAUCAAGCUUUGCAAUGGCCACUGUGAUGCAAAGUAUACUGCCAGAGAAGCUAAACCCUGUUAUUCGUCCACUUAUGGAUUGUAUCAAGAAGGAAGAAAACUUAAAUAUCCAAGUAAGUUCAUAA